AUGCCUGAAAAUGAACAUUAUUCAAAUCCAAUGGCUCCGGCCAAUUAUCGACCACAUGAUGAAGUAGAAUCAGGAAUGGGACAUCCAUUGACGAAUGAUGACUUUCGAAAGUUGUUAAUGACACCUGCAGCACCAGGUUCGUCGACAGCGCAACGCUACCAUGGUUCAUCAUCAUCCAGUCAACAGAAACCAACACCGAGUCAUAAAGAAGGUUCAAGUGAAGCAGGUGAUAAACGUAAAAAGAAGAAACAAUACUAUGCCAAAGUCAUUCGAGAAGAAAAAGCUCGCGAGGAAGAACGAGCGAAGAAAUAUCGUGAUCGAGCCCGUGAACGGCGAGAAAUCAGUACUGCUGAUGAUCAGUUGGAUAUAAGUGUAACUGCAAACCAACAAACUACAUCAACUGGCAAUUAUAAAUCAGUUGCACCGGAUGUUAAAGGCAAUUUUGAUGCUGCAGCUCGACGAAAACAACAGAUUGAUGAGUCGAAAUUUUUGGGUGGAGAUUUAGAACAUACACAUUUAGUCAAAGGUCUAGAUUAUGCCUUGUUACAAAAAGUAAGAGCUGAAAUUGGACAAGAAGAUCUUGAUAAUGAUCAAGCACAAGCCAAAGAUGAUGAUCAUAUUUUUGUUAUACCAUCAACUAAAAUUACGCCAAUUGGUUCUGGUAGUCAUCUUGAAAAGAAGAAGCCACCACCUCCAAGCGAACCUGCAGCACCUGUUCAUGCAGCACCAUUAACACCCGAAGAAGAAGAAGAAAAUCGUUUGGGUUUGAAAUCUCCUAUGGCAAAGAACAUUUUUCGCCUCUUAUUUCGUCCGCCACCGCGUCGUGUCAAUGAAUUGUUCUUACCUCAUCGAAUGGCGUACAUCAUCGAUUUAGAAAAUCCUAAUGAACAACAAGAUGAUGAAAAUGACAAAGGUACACAUGUCUUGGACGAUAUUCCAACAACAUUAAUACGAUCCAAAGCUGAUUGUCCUAAUGCAGAAACUUCAACUACAAUGAGUAAUAAUGAUAUUGUGAUCAAUAAAUUAACUCAAAUUCUCUCGUAUUUACGUCAUUCCAAACGAGAUUUGAAACGACAAAAGAAGAAAGGUACUGGAAUUUUUGCUGUCGGAUUCGAACCUGAAAUCAGUAUCAAACCAUCACAUGAAUCAGUGAAGGCAAUAACAAAUAAAGCCAAAGAUAUUAGCAUGUAUGAUAACAUUGGUGAUUAUAUUCCUGAUACUAAACGACGUUCAACAACGAAUGAUCGUCAAAAAAGUCAACAUGAACACGAAAAUCGCAAGAAGAAUUAUUUUCACACAGAUUCGAAAUUUGACGAUCGAAAUUCACAUAAUGAUGAACUUGCCCAAGACACAAGUAGCAGUGCUGAUGCAGUGAAAAACUUUAUUCGCAAUGUUCAUAACAAAUAUAGUGCUAAAAAUGAUGAUGAGAAAACUUCGUCGUCGAACUCCAACAAGAAAGCUAAAGGUGACUUUCAACUGAAAUUUAGCGAUGAUUCAUAUGCCGAAUGUUAUCCUGGAACAAUGGCUGAAGAAGACGUUAAUGUCGAUUCGGAUGAUGAACCAGAUUUCGAUAAAAUGGAUAUGGGCUCGAAGAAAGGUCCUGUCGGUCGAUGGGAUUUCGAUACAGCAGAAGAAUACUCGGAUUAUAUGGGUCAAAAGGAAGCAAUGCCUAAGGCUGCUUUUCAAUACGGUGUGAAAAUGAAUGAUGGAAGAAAAACCCGACGUGGCGCUGGACCGAAAGAUGAAAAACAGAAAGUAGAUCGUGAAUGGCAACAAAUAUCAAAGAUUAUCGAAAGCAAACGAAAAGGUGAUCCGACCGGUAGUAGUUCGCCGGAUCCAUCAGCCAGUAAACGAAGUAAAAUAGCUUGA